CUAUCCUCGCACGCUUUUGCACCCCAGGAAAAACGAAACAUAAAUAAAUCAAAAGGGAGCUGCUGGCUGGGACUGGGAGCUUGACAGACCUGCUUCUGAAAAGCUCAAACCCUCCUCACUUCCACGCCUCUCCUUCCCUUUCCACACUUAGCUCCCCAGCAGACUCCCCCACUCCCCAUGUCUUCUGGUGGAGGAGGAAGCAGUGGCGGAGGAGGAGAUCACCAUGGCGUCUACCACCAGCAUGGCCACGGCCACCUCGCCCGUGCCGAUGCCGGCGCCGAGUACGUGUUCCACAGCAACGACAUGGAGAGCUUCUUCUUCAAUCAGCCGGCGGCGUCGGCGGGCGUCGAUGGAUCAGGCAGCAGAACUACUGGCGCCGCCGACGAGCUCAUGCCGCCCUACUCCAGCAUCACGGACUACCUGCAGGGGUUCCUGCAGGACCCCUCCGGGCUAGCUCGGCACCUCGACGCGCCGUGUCUUCCCGCGGAGGACGCCCCGCUCAAGCACGAGCUGUCUGUCGAUGUGAGCCACGACAGCCAGGGCACCAGCGGCGCGCCCGGAGGAGAAGGGGCGGCGAUGCACACGCCGAACUCGUCGGUGUCUCUCUCGUCAAGCGACCGGGAGGGGGAGGGCGGCCAGCAGCCUCGUCGGUGCAAGAAGGGCAGGCCCAAGGCGGAGGAUGCGGAGGGGGAUGAGAAAGAGCAGGAAGAUGGGGAGAAUUCCUCCAAAGCGAACAAAUCCAAGAAGAAGGCUGAGAAGAGGCAGAGGCAGCCUCGCGUUGCCUUCCUCACCAAGAGCGAGGUGGAUCACCUUGAGGACGGCUACCGGUGGCGCAAAUACGGCCAGAAGGCCGUCAAGAACAGUCCUUACCCAAGGAGCUACUACCGUUGCACGACGCCCAAGUGCGGCGUGAAGAAGCGCGUGGAGCGGUCGUACCAGGACCCAUCGACGGUGAUCACGACGUACGAGGGGCAGCACACGCACCACAGCCCCGCCAGCCUCCGCGCCGGCGGCGCGCAUCUCUUCAUGUCAAACGCGCACGGCGGGCUGCCGCCGCACCUGAUGCCGUCCAGCUUCGGCCGCCCGGACCUGAUGAGCAUGAUGCACCCCGCCAUGGGCGCAAACCCUAGCAUGUUCCUGCCAAGUAUGCCUCCUCCUCACAUGUCAACACCAUCUCCUGCUCCUCCUCUUCAGCAGCACCACUUCACUGACUACGCCCUCUUGCAAGACCUGUUCCCUUCCACAAUGCCCAACAACCCAUAACUAACUGCUACACAAUUAGCUAGCCUAGAUCGACGGCAUGAGAUGCUGUCGAAAUACUGCGCCAAAUGUGAUCACCUGAUCGAUGUGAUGACCUUGUGCUUGGGCCUGGUCUAAUGGAGAGGGAACAACAGUUAUCAUUGAUUAUUAAUCUGCUUCCAUCUUAAACUUUUGUUUCAUUUCUUCCCCUUCCGAACUCUCCGCUGCGCGGAUUGCCUGGGAGGUACUAGAGAUGGAACGGAGUACUUUAUAACUAUAUCACUAGAGCGGCAACAUUUAUUUAUGUACGCCUCUAGACUUCUUGUACAUGCAUGUACUAGUGUAUAUCAUGUGUUCCUCAUUGACUCAUUUGGGAGAAAAAAAUUAAUGAAGGAGUAUUUCAUUUCUCUA